UCGGAAAAGUUUGACCGUCCAUGUGGAUACGUGAAGAAAUCGUCAGCCGUCAGUUUCUCAAUGGACCACGAAGUCGUCCUUUCCUUCACGUCCAUCGCUCCGGGAGACGUGUUUACAACAACUCCUGGCCUCGGGAAUCCACGAUGCCAACUUGUUAUUUCUCCUUCGUCAGCAGAGCGGUGUUGUGGGACAGAGGGAGGCACCAUCACGCGGAUUUUGUCCUGAGUGAGGAACCUCGACCGCCAUGUUCACGUUUUGAGGCUCACAUGAGGGCGUGUCCUGCCCAGAUAAGACCGCCAUACUUUCCACACACCCAUCAUCUACCAAGAUCUCCAUUAAAGACUCUCCGUGCUCCAAAACCACCAAGACGACAAGAAACUCAGAGAAAGCAGAACUCCCUAAGGCACUUCUCUGUAAACCUUCCCAGAAGCGUGCCAGGAUCUCCCCAUCCAAGUGUAGCCUCUCCAGACCCUCUGCUCUCGCCAACACCGUCUGUCCACUCAGGGACGAACCCAGAUGACUUCCUGUCUUUCCAGGUUUACUCUCCAAACUUGGAACACACAACAAUAAAGCAGGAAGAUAUAGUAAGUCAUAGAGAUGUUACCUCCUCCCCACAAGUCAGCUGUGAGAGCUCUAAAGAGCCUAAAGGUGAAGCGAUGACACCAAUGACAAUGACUCCCAGCACCCCAUCAACACCCGUGACCCCUCAGACGCCAAUAACCCCUAUGACCCCAGAUUCCCUUUCAGACCUGAGUCGUCCAGGAUCCAGUCAGUUCAGUUAUAGCACCAACUUGAACAGCAGUCUUUCUAAUGCACCUUCAGUUAAUCAGAGUGAUGACUCUAAUGGUGAUGAUGGAGAUACUGAGGAUGGUGAUAAUAUUAACCAUGAUGACCCAGAGGCCUGCUUUUCAUCCUUGUCUAAUCUUCGCUUCAGCUCUCUUGAUGGAGCAGUCCUGGCCUCCUGCUCCCCUACAACCUCUACCCAGUCAUUGCUUUCCAAAAACUUGAGAUUUCGUGACCAAGAACCUCAGAAUACCAACCAUCCCAAAGCCUUAAAAGAAACUCCAAGUGUUCAGGUCAAGGGCCAUGCAGAGGAGGAAACCCCACACCCUAACCAUCUCACAGAUAUGGGUGCUGAUGAAGCUCCAAGCGUAUGCCCUCCAAAUCUGGAUUCUCAAUCCAGACCAGCAUCUGCUUCACCACUGGAUGUCUGGAAGACAUGCCGUUGGCCUAUACUUCCUCCAAUCACUCCUCAGAGAGGUAGUCAAGGGUCAAGAGCAUCUCCCAGUUCACAAAUAAGUUGUUCUCAAUCCGACAUGUUUGCUGAGCUGGAGGCUGCAGCACCUUGGAGUGUAUCCUGUCUAUCGUUGGAUCAUGCUGACUGUAGUGACAAGGAAAUCACCUCACCUACCACAGAUCUGAGUCCGGGUUUGGCCGCUCUAACGGUCGGAUGUGACUCUGGUAACCUGGGUUCUCUAUCCCGUGUGCAGCUCCUGCUGCUGGAAAGGGGCGCAUCUGAGGGUCUGGAACCCCCGCUGGAUCUAGAAUGGAACAGUCCAAUGGAAGAGAGAGGGGAUUAUGAACCUGGGCUUCAAGUCUGGAGCUUGGGCAUUCCCCAGCAUUAUCAGUGCGCAGAUCCAUACGUACAGAUAAGCAGCAGUGUGUCUCAAAGUGUAAGGCAUUUUCCAUUUGCCCAAGUGGACAUCAGGAGUGGAACUCCAGGGCUAAGCGAUGCUGAAGACAUCUCGAGAUCUUCCUCCUGGUCCCUCAGUUGCGGCUCGAGAGAGAACACGUCCUGCGAUGACCGAGCGUUUAGUGUCUCUCUGCCUCCGGUACACUUAAGCCCCAUAAUCCUCCCUGAGAGCAAACUGCCCAGCACCGGCUUCUUCUCCUCCUGUGUGGCCAAGUCACGUACAUGA